GCACAAAUAACAUGGUGGUAGCUCUUCGUUUGGUGGUAGCGCCGUGUGAAAAGUUUAUAUUGUUUGCUUAUUCGCCUUUGUUUACGUGUACAACUUCCAGAUAGGUUUUAAGUAGAUAAAAUUUUAAUCCUGUCGUUUAUGGAAAUUAAUGUUACCGUUUUCAAUAUACAGUUUGUGCAUAAGAUAAAAUAUCAUAACCGGGUGAAAUGAAUAACGGGGACGUCGGAGGAUCCAGAGGCAGAGGUCGUGGAUGGCAGCAAAACGAUAAUCAACCUCGGGAACUUCGCCGACCGAAAACCGUUGUUGAAGUUGAACCAUCAAAAUCGAAGUUGUCUGCUGAUGCAAAAGAAUGGUACCCACCUAACUAUGUGCCACAGCCAGCGACAUACACUGACCCUUCGCCGUACAGGCCUCAGCGCUUCUCUGUUCAGAGCAGACUACGUCAAGCGCAGGACGUUAACCCAUACAGUUACGAAGAAAUGUCAUAUGCACUUGAAGAAUUUGAAAAUGUGGAUCUGCGGGAGAAUCUUGGCAAUUUGAUUACUGUUAUGUGUGAGAUAACAUUUGAACCUGGCAAGUUUGAUACACUAUGUGGACCGUUGGUUGACUCUUUUGUGUCAACAUUACAUGAUGUCAACUACACUAGGCCUCUUGUUGAAGCUAUUGUGAAUCAGUCAAUCGCUGAAUCUAAUUUCCGCUACAAUGGGGCGAGACUCUGCUCGAUGUAUGAUUCAGUUUCACCACCAGAAGAGUCCAAGUUCCGCUCUUGUCUUUUGGAGCGUUGUGCCGCUGAGGAGAAUAAGAUCAUUAGUGGAGUUGAGACAUCGGAAGAGAAUAUGAGAGGGUUUGCUAUGUUCCUUGCAGAGAUAUAUACCCAACUGGAAGACAGCCAGGGUGGACGCUUAAAAUCUUUAGGUGAAAGCCUUUGCAAAGUGCUUCUCCAUUUGUUGGAUACCGACAAAGAGAUCAAUAUUAAAGCUGUGUGUCAGUUACUUAAAUUGUCGGGCAUAGCGCUGGACGCGGAUUGCCCGACAGGUAUGCACGCGGCAUUCGAGAGGCUGCGGCGACGCUCCUCGCUGGCGUGUGUGCGCGGAGUGGUAGCUCUGCGGGCGGCGCGCUGGGGCCUCACCGAGCCCGACCGAGAGCCCCAACCGCCGCAGGACUCCGCCCCGCCCUCAGCGCAAGGUGCCCACGCCUACGACACCAGGCGACGACAACCCAACAAUAUAUUUAACGGUGAUAUGGAAGGAGGGGCGAACAACGAGGGAGGUUACCUCGCCGACGGGCACACGCUCACGGCGGAGGAAUGCGCCUUCCUCCAGAGCAACCUGCCGUCUAAGGCUGCCGCUAUCGAAGAAGACAUACUCGACGAACUAGAAAACGAUGCAUGGGAGACCGGCAUGGACGCCGAGAUGCAAGCCGGCUUCCUCGAAUUUCUCAAGAUGUCCAACCAGAUCAAACGAUAACCACAUACAGUAUGCGACUAAUGUUACUAACCGAACAGAGUCGCAUUCACUCUACCGACAGGAGAAGUGUUUAAAAAGUUAUAAAAAAAUUAUAAAAAUACUUGGAAAAUAAUAAAAAUAUCUCAGUCGCAGACCAUCACUUUAGAAGAAUUAGUAUUAAUUAGGUUUGGAAUAGUGAAGCGAUAUGAUUAGAGAUCUUAUCGUCUUAUAUUGAAGAGAAUAUCAAUUUCUGUGUUUUUAAAUCAUAUCUCUGAACAUCUGGUCGUGCAGCUCCUUAUUUGUGAUACAACAAAGUGGGUGAUCACGUUGAAUUUCAAUGUAAGUACUUCCAUUUAUGCAUUUGUUAGUAAUAUCUUAAAGUUUAAAAUGAUAUAACCAGAAAUACUGACAUUUACUGCCUUUUUAAUAAAUAUGUUGUAAUAUCAGAUACAUAUAAAAUAGGUGGUCUUUUUAGAGUGGUUCAUAUCGGAUGUUAAAGAUGGUCUAUAUUAUUUUUAAUUUUCAUCUAUACAAGCCAAUUAGAAUAUUGUAUGCAGAUAUGUCAGUGUUUUGUUGUGUUUUAUUUGCAAUUUGAUUUGUAUAUUUUUGGUCUGUCGCUGAGU